AUGACCCCAGAGCAAUGGGUUCGAAAUUACGCUCAUGCGUGGGAAACCCGUAACACCUAUGAGAUAGUCUCGCUCUUCACCCCCGACGCUUCCUACUACUCUUACGUCUUCGACGAACCGCACGUCGGACACAAUGCCAUCCAGCUCUACUGGGAAACGGCUGCGGGGCAACAGAGAGAGAUCAAAGUACGCAUGGCAAAGCCAAUAGUAUCCAGCGACGGAGAGGAGGGCACCAACAGAGCGGCGGUAGAGUGGUGGACCACGAUGGUAGAUCCGGAGAAGGGCCCAGUUUCGGUGACGGGUGUGAUGCUGGUCAAAUUCACAGUUGAGGGAUUGUGUUGGGAGUUGUGGGAAUAUUGGGAAUUGCAGGACGGGAUGAGGGAGCCUCCUGAGGGAUGGGGGGGAAUAGAUUGA